UCCCAUAAAUCACCUUCUCUCUCUCUCUCUCUAAUUUCAGACCUCGCGUCUUCUCUCUCUCUCUCUAAUUUCAGACCUCGCGUCUUCUCUCUCUCUACCCGAACAAUCCAUCCCUCUAGACUCUAGCACAACUCCCUUUUCUCUCUCCUCUCUCAUGGGUGCAGUGAAAACCCUAAUCUUCACGUACGGCACCCUAAAGCGCGGCUUCGGCAACCAUUGGCUCGUCGACGAGCUGACCAAGCGUGGAGACGUCGAAUACAGGGGCGUGUGUCAAACGGCCGAGAAAUACCCUCUCGUGUGCGGCCCCUACAACGUCCCAUUCCUCAUCAACGAGCCCGGUCACGGCCACCGUAUAUAUGGCGAGCUCUACGCCGUAUCGGAGUACGGCCUGGGGCGUAUGGAUGAGCUCGAGGGCACGGGUAGGGGGCACUACGUGAGGCGGCCGGUCUUGCUUCGGAGUGGCUCCGAGCCUGAGGUGGAGGUUCGGGCGGAGGCUUACUUUGCGGAUGAGAGCUACGGUGGCGAGCUGUGGAGGAGGUGGGGGCGGGUGGGCCUCCCUCUCUACUCCGAGAGCGAGGCUGAGGGAUACGUCAGGAGGGGGGCGAGGCCGCAGGGGGUCACUUUCCUUGAGGCCGUACACGCUUUCAUCAAGGAAGAGGCCGGGGUUCAUUGAUUGUUUGAAUCUCUCUCUCUCUAGGAAGAGGCUGGGGAUCCUCAUUGAUCAUUUGAAUCGUUCUCUUCAUUGAUGUUUGGAAAAAUCUCUCUCAUUGAUCAUUUGAAUAGGAUCUCUCUCUCUCUCUCUCUCUCUGCAUUGAUCUUUGGAAAUCUCUCUCUCUCUUUUGAUGCCCACAAACGAAUGGCGUGGCUAUCGCUUUGUUGAAAUUGUAUUUUACUUGCAUAUAACUGGUCCUCGUUUGAGUGGUAAUAUGUUUUUAUUUUCUUUGGGGAAAUUUACCUUAGGGGAAAGUAUACAAAUGAGACUAUUUAUCUUUA